AUGCUGGAGGAGCCCCGGCCGCGGCCUCCGCCCUUGGGCCUCGCGGGUCUCCUGUUUCUGGCUUUUUGCAGUCGGGCUCUAAGUAAUGAGAUUCUGGGCCUGAAGUUGCCGGGCGAGCCGCCGCUGACGGCCAACACCGUGUGCUUGACGCUGUCCGGCCUGAGCAAGCGGCAGCUAGGCCUGUGCCUGCGCAGCCCCGACGUGACGGCGUCCGCGCUGCAGGGUCUGCACAUCGCGGUCCACGAGUGUCAGCACCAGCUGCGCGACCAGCGCUGGAACUGCUCUGCGCUCGAGGGGGGCGGCCGCCUGCCGCACCACAGCGCCAUCCUCAAGCGCGGUUUCCGUGAGAGUGCUUUUUCCUUCUCCAUGCUGGCUGCUGGGGUCAUGCACGCGGUAGCCACAGCCUGCAGCCUGGGCAAGCUGGUGAGCUGCGGCUGUGGCUGGAAGGGCAGUGGAGAGCAGGACCGGCUGAGGGCCAAACUGCUGCAGCUGCAGGCAUUGUCCCGGGGCAAGAGUUUUCCCCACUCCCUGACCAGCUCUGGCCCUGGCUCAGGUCCCAGCCCUGGCCCCCAGGACACAUGGGAAUGGGGUGGCUGUAACCAUGACAUGGACUUUGGAGAGAAGUUCUCUCGAGAUUUCUUGGAUUCCAGGGAAGCUCCCCGGGACAUCCAGGCACGAAUGCGAAUCCACAACAACAGGGUGGGGCGCCAGGUGGUAACGGAAAACCUGAAGCGGAAAUGCAAGUGCCAUGGCACAUCAGGCAGCUGCCAGUUCAAGACAUGCUGGAGGGCAGCCCCAGAGUUCCGGGCAGUGGGGACAGCUUUGAGAGAGCGGCUGGGCCGGGCCAUCUUCAUCGAUACCCAUAACCGCAAUUCUGGAGCCUUCCAACCCCGCCUGCGUCCCCGUCGCCUCACAGGAGAGCUGGUCUACUUUGAGAAGUCUCCUGACUUCUGUGAGCGAGACCCCACAGUGGGCUCCCCAGGAACAAGGGGCCGGGCCUGCAACAAGACUAGCCGCCUGUUGGAUGGCUGUGGCAGCCUGUGCUGUGGCCGUGGCCACAAUGUUCUCCGGCAGACACGAGUAGAGCGCUGCCAUUGCCGCUUCCACUGGUGCUGCUAUGUGCUGUGUGAUGAGUGCAAGGUCACAGAGUGGGUCAAUGUGUGUAAGUGAGGGUCAGCGUCACUUUGGGGCUAGAGAAGGGGACUGUGUGAGAUGGGGACCUCUUCCGCCCUUUGCUCUGAUUUCUGUCCAGGGUCAAUCUUAGCCUCUGGAAGCUCAAAAUAUCUACCUGGAAACAGCUUUGGGGGUGGUGGGGGUCAGGUGGAAUCUGUGAUGCAUAGCUUUCUCCCCCAUAGUUGGAGGGCCUUGAAGGGAAGCUGUCACCUCUCUUCUGCUCCUUAAACACCUGAAUAGACUAAGAUUAAAUGCACUGUACCAUUCCCCUCGUCUAACCCCCAAGGGCCCUUUAACCCUGAUCCAUUCUCCUUUUGGCCGGGGAGUCCCUGUAGUUUGACCACUCCUCUCUCUUGAGGGACGACCCCAGGUGUUGUGUGGAGCUACCGACCUGUAUCCUAGAAAGAGACCACCCACUCCUAUCUGCUGUUUCUAAACUCCUCUGCGGCAGCCUGGGCCCCCUCUUGUGGGGUAAAAGGAGACAGUGGUAGAGAGGUUUUUCUUGGGGAAGGGAUAGAGUUGGGGGGGCACUAUCCUUUGAGUCCUCAGAGAGUUGUCUGUUCAGGUGCUUAGGAAACUUGUCUCCUUCCAUUCAGAUGUGAAAGGGGACCCUCUAAAGGAAGGGUUUUACCUAAAACUCUCCGAGCCUCUUUUUCCUUCUUCAGCAGGAGGGGUGGGAGUGGAUAAUUUAUU